CGGGCGUUAAUAAAUUGAAUGAAUGAAUGAAUGAGUGUACAAAUUGUCAAGAGGUCAAAGAUGUGUGUAUUGUAUGAUUCUCCCUAGCUAGCUAGGCGAGGGAAUUGGAGCCUGUAUGAGGUCCCGGCUGCCUGAGGCCACAGCCGCCGUAGGCGGUCGUGGGCUUCCUUCAACACAAAUCAAUACCAAAUCAAUAUCAGCCUGUAUUAUUUCAAAACAAAACAAAACAGUGGUCAAUUUUGUUUUGUUUUGCUUUGUUCGGAGCGCUGGAUGCAACUGCGGCGAAGGACAGCAGACAGUAGCCCACAUCCUGUUUCAAUGCAGGAAGCACACCGCACUUCGAAACAAGGAGUUGGGCCAAUUCCCAGGGCAUCGAAGCCUUAUUGAGCGAGCGCAGAGUAGCAGCAAAGGUCGUCAAGUUCAUGGAACAAACCCAGAUCCUUGGCCAGUUCGCGGGCUAGCUCGAGGCUGUCAGCAACACCAACGCCGUCCGGCGAUAACUUCAUCCCGGUCACUCAAUCGUCCCUGCGAGAUGAGAUUGUGGUUAGGUCUUUGGACCUAGGCUAAGAGACUUUCUGCGUGAUUCAUUAGCAAUAAGGGGUUAUAUGAAUAGCACGACUCGUAUUAAAAUACGAGCAGUCCUCCAUACAGUAGGCCCUCUGUUUCGAUCCGAUUUUCCCAAUCCAGAGCUGUCCAAGGGCUGCUUGUGGUGCCUUGAUGGCAUGAUUUGGUUCCACUCAAUAUGGUCGAAUAAAGUUGAGACUCGAUGCUGCACAGGCUGCACU